AUGAGUAUCUUAUCUGCAUUAACUUCAAUUUCAAACCCAAUGAAAUCAAGCAAAUCAAGUGUUGCAAAUGGCGGUGGUAGAUUAUCAAUGGGUUCAAAUUCAGUCGCAUGUGGUUCAUGUGGUGGUGGAAGUUCAUCAUCUGGUACAAUUAAUAAUGCUGAUGGUUCCAAAACAACUUAUUACACUUACACUUCUCCAAUUUACACAUACAAUUAUAGUUAUAGCUAUAGUUCAUCAGGUUCAUCUUCAUCAUGUGGUUGUCAUUAA